CCAUUUUAGGCCCAACAGAUCGGGUCAACCGGCAGACUACCCGGGUUUUUGUUUUAAUAUCGCCAUUGAUAAACCAAUUCCAUAUGAUCGUUUUACAAUUCCCAAAUCAGCAAUCUCCGUUUUUAUAUUUUGCCCUCUGCAAACCCUAGACCUCAGAUCCAAGGGACGAUAUCAAAUCCAGUGGCCAUGGAGUAUCCGGUUAGAAGAAGUCAAGGCGGCAUCUUUGAAGGUAUCUACAAGCUUAUCAUGCGCCGCAACUCCAUCUACGUCACCUUCGUCAUCGCCGGCGCUUUUGCCGGUGAACGGGCUGUGGAUUAUGGAGUUCGUAAGCUCUGGGAAUACAACAAUGUUGGGAAACGAUAUGAAGAUAUUCCAGUUUUAGGGCAAAGGCCAACAGAGGAAUGAGUUGAACUUAUUUUGAAGUUCCAUGUUGAAUAUUUGGAGUAAGCAUCACUGUAAGGGAUAGCAAUUUUUGCAAUAAGUGUAAUUUGUUUGGUGCUCCAGACUUGAUCCUAAACUUUGGGUUUCUUCUAGAACUAUUCAACAAGCAUAACUGUGCAUGGUUACAGCGAUUUGGCUGAGAACAAUAUAGUUUACUGAAUUCUUUUCAAUAUGAUCUCGGCCCUUAUCUUUUUUUUCUCUUA